UUGCUUUGUUGGGUGUGCAGUGCAGCUACGAUCUAUCUAUUCUACGUGCCGCGGCCAUGGGCGCGCACCCCAGCGAAUACACCGGCGAGAACCUAUGCCACCGCCGCCCCGAACUCCGCGCAUGCAGCAGCCCGGAACCAGUUCCACCGGUGCCACAUGUGCCUAAGCCGAACACCGGUCCGGUGGUGGAGGUGGACGCUCCCUCGAGCUACGCCACGGCCGGCAAGCUCCUGUUCGUCGCGGCCGGGGCGUUCGCGGCCGUCCUCCUGGCCCUCAUCGCCCUGCACCUCUACAACAGCGGCCGGCGCCGGCGCGCGCGAGAGGGUCGCCGCCUCCACCGCACCCUGGCCAUCUACGUCGAGGCGCCUUCGCUGCGGCGGCUCGACCCCCUCGACCCCGCGGUGCUCCGCGCGCUCCCCGUGGUCGCCGCGGCCGUCGGCGCCGGGGACUGCGCGGUCUGCCUCGCCGAGUUCGAGCGCGGCGAGGAGGCGCGCGCGCUGCCGCGGUGCGGCCACCGGUUCCACGUCGACUGCAUCGACGCCUGGUUCCGCGGGAACUCCACGUGCCCCCUGUGCCGCGCCGCCGUCGAGGCGCCGGACGACGCCGUGGCCCGUCCCGAGGUGCGCGUCGAUGUGGCGGCCGACGACGACGCCGCGGCCAAGGGCGGAGCGCCGGCGAUGUCGAGCGGCACGGAUCUUGACAAGACGAGGCGGGUCUCUGCUUCCACCCGACCCGCUUCCUUCUGACGUGCCCCUGGACGCCAGGAAGCUUCCUUGCUCCUUCCGGCACCAGCGUCCAGGACCAUCAUCGGUUUGGGGGCAUUUAUUCCAUCUGACUCUGCGUAUUUUUGUGUUGGUGAUGAUGCUCGGUGUGACUAAUUUUCUAGUAGUACAAAUUUGGCACAUGGAUUUUUUCUUAAGAUGAAUUUGGCACAUACUCCCUCCGUCCGAAAAUACUUGUCAUCAAAAUGAACAAAAGAGGAUGUAUCUAGAUGUAUUUUAGUUGUAGAUACAUAUUUUUUUAUUCAUUUUGAUGACAAGUAUUUUCGGACGGAGGGAGUAGUUAGUAUUGCACUAGAAGAAAUAACGCGCUACGCCGAGCGAAACCCUAGGGCCCGAUCUUAGUUGGUGGUGUCAUGGUGAUGUAC